AUUUCAGAUCUACUUAACUCCACACCUUAACGCACCGCCAUGGAUCACAGCCACCAUCACGAACACAUGAACCACCAUUCCAUGGACAAUGGAAGCAGUGACGUUAAUUCCAUUUUCAACACUCUUCCUGCUACCACAGCUGCGACCAUACUGCAAGCUGUUAUGACCACGAUGAUGGCUCAGGACUCUCCGCACAAGCACCAUCAUUCUGCGAUGGAAACCACUCAUGACAGUCAUUCUUCGAGCUUCAAUGCUAUUGGAGAUCAUUCUUCGCACACUGCAGAUGUCCAUUCAGCACACGUGUCUAGUGGAGGCCACGGAGACAUGCCGAUGCAUUUUCACUUUGGAAUAGAUACUGUAAUCUUAUUUAAAGAAUGGACUACCACAACUACUGAAGGUUUAAUAGGAUCUGUGAUUGGAAUUUUUAUUCUUGCUAUGUUAUAUGAAGGGAUCAAAUUCUUUCGAGAAUUUUUAUUUAAAAAAUAUUUUACUUCACUGGAAUAUUCUUCAGUAUCAGUUUUGGGAGAUGACGGAAAACCUGUUACAGAAGUACACAAAGUUGCAAGGAAUCGUAUGUUCAGCUGGCCUCACAUGCUGCAAACUCUCAUGCACGUAGUUCAAAUGGUCCUAAGUUAUUUUCUUAUGCUAAUAUUUAUGACUUAUAACGUUUGGCUUUGUUUGGCAGUUGUAGCUGGAGCUGGUGUUGGUUACUUUCUAUUUGGCUGGAGAAAAGCAACAGUGGUUGACAUUACCGAACAUUGUCAUUGAAAUUGGCUGCUAGAAAAAUGUGCUUCAUUCACACAUUUCAUUUAUACAUAAAAGGCUUUUGCCUUUUGUUGCCAAAUGAGUAUUAGAAAUCUUAAAGAGAUUAUGAUUGUUGAGAAUCUCUGCUCACUGAUUACUUUCACUGUGUAAUUAACGAAAUAAUUCUUUAUGUAAACUGCUUUCUGGAAUUUUUUUUAAACACAAGAUGACAUUAUUUUGCUGAAUACAUUUAUGUAAGGGACCUGUAGUAUUCGCAACUCCAGAGCUCGAACAUGCUACCUUGCAGUGAUUAACAAUACUAAAGAAAAAGGUAAAACAUUCCAUUCCACAUGUUUUCUUUGGGGUAAAUUAUAGCUUCAGACAGUUUGUGAUGUAAUCUAAUUUCAGAAGAAUAGAAAAGAAAGCUUCCCACAAACACAAUGAAAAAAUACUGUCGUUCUCUAAGCGUCAAAAAGGUAAUAAGUUAUGGCAUGCGUUUGUUUUACCUUUUUCAUCUGCCAUUAGACAGUGGCUGCAGCGCCCCCUAUAGUUUAUUGGAGUUGCGAAUGAAGUAUAUCUUGAUUGAAUGUAUCAGAGUAGUAGUGAUUUAGUAUGAAAACUUAUAAAAAUUGAAGAUUGGGAGUUUAAUGAGUCACCGGACAUCACAGUAGAUUUUAUUCUGAUAGCAAGUAAUGAUAGUUUGGAUUGGUUUUAAAGUUGGAAAAAUGGACAAAUGAAAUUUUUCGGAGGAAAGUUUUAAACUUGAUCACUACUGCUCCAACCUAAUGAAAUUGUAUUUUGAAAUUAAAAAAAAAAAUGCAACAGUUUUUCUCCAACAAUGUUGCAAUCAAAAAUCUUAGUUUUGUACCAAUUUGUCUUCUUUCAUUUUUAAAAAAACUUCAAGCUUUUUCUAAAUGAAGUGGUUACUUAAUUUUUUUUCUUCAACAGUCCAAGCAGCCCCCUCCCCUACCCCCUUCCACCACUUUUUUAAUACAUGAAAUGCAUUAAGAUAUUUUAGAAUCUCAAAAUAAGAUUUGUCUAUUUAAAUUAGCAUUGAUGAAUAUUAGUUUUUAUGUUUAUAAUGGUCUCUUUUUCAUCACACUCAGAUCGUUUUUUUUUUUUUUUUUUUUUUUGUAAUGGAAUAGUUUAUUAUUUUAAAUUUGUUUCUUCAGUAUUCAUUUUUAAUUAUUUGCAUUUUGUUUUAUCCAAUUUUUGAAAUAAUUUCAAUUUUAAAUUAAUGCACUUAAUCUUCUUUUUUUUGCAUUAUUGUAUUGCAUUAUAUAUAUAUAUAUAUAUAUAUAUAUAUAUAUAUAUAUAUAUAUAUAUAUGCAUUAUUAUUUUGUUUAAAAAGGACAAUGUAUUCAUAAAUAAUUUCACUACAAGUUGAAAGGUAGUUUUUUUGAUAUUUUUAUCUUUUAUUUCAAUUUUAAAAGCACAGUUUUGAUUUUUAUAUUGAAACUGUAAAAAUUAUAUUAUAGAUAUUAUUUUACUUUAUUUAAAGAAACAUGCCAUUUCUUUCAAAUUUAACUCGCAUCUUUUUUUGAAAAAUGGCUCAUAAUUAUUCAUUAAUAUGUUCCUUAAAAUUACGCUUCAUGUGUGAUGUUUUCUGUUUUUGGAGCUGUUAUUUAUGAAACAUUAGAAUCUCAUGUUUUUAGCCAAUUGUGGAGCAUAUUUUGUGUUGCAAAAUACAUAUGUUUUUAAAUGUAAAUCAUGCUAUCUACAAUCAGUGGUAUUUCAUUUUUCAAGAUGUUUUUUUUUCUUUUUUAUUUGAAUUUUUCAGAUAAUGAGAUGAUUGACAAGAUGUAUCUAUGUUAUUGUAUAACAUCUUGACAUUGAAAUGGUUAAAAUGAUUUUUAAAUUUUUUAGUUGCUAAUAUUUUUUCAAGUUCAUACAUAUGUAGCAUAUUUUAAAACUCACUAUAAUUUUUUUGAUGCAUUUCUUUUUACUUGUACAAAUUAUUUAAAACGAUGUUUGUAAGAUGUUUUUGAUAUUUAAAAACGGAAACUAUUGUAAUAGUUUUAUUUUCUUAGAUAAUGAUACAAAUUAUCAAAUUUUAACUGAAAAUAUUUACUAGAUUUUAAUAGGUUUUGGUAGAAAUGGUUAAUAUUUCAAUUUUAAAAGUUCAAAAUGAUUUAAAGGUAAUUGAAGUUAAUAAAUAAUUUUUAUACAAGAUUUCAACUAUCUCAAAAUCAUGUUUAAAAUAGCAUCAGUAACAUUAUUACCUUUUCCCAGCAACAUACACACGUAAACCAAUGAAACAUAGAAAAAUAUUUUUCAUUCAUCUCUUCUGAAUGAACUACAGCUGUAGGUGGGGGUUGGGGACUACAUUUCUGUAUUGUUUUAAUAAAUACCACAAUAUUCAUAACUCUAAUCUUCCUUUAUCUCAAAGUUUUCAUUGAGCCCCAAACUCGUGGAAAUUCCCAUAACUCGAACAUUUUAGCCGGUCCCUUGGGAUUUCGAGUUAUUGAGAGUUGACUGUAUAACUUUAAUUGUUAAUGCAGAAAUUCUUUAUUAAAAAUCAAAUUUAUUAUACACAAUGUUAUUAGUUCUCUUAUUUGUAUAGAUUGUGUCUUUGUUUACAGUAUAAAAUAAAAAUAUAUUUGUGUUGUA